CCUGGGCCAGGCCCGAUUAUAUUUCUUCAAAGUCCUACCCGGAGAAUGGUUUUAGGCUUUUAGGCUUCGGCAGGUGAGCAAGGCAAAGUGCGAGCGAUCCCUCCCAACGCAAACGAGGAUUAUUAUGGCUGAAAGUUCAAUAAUUUCUGAUCAAAAGGUAGAAGCUUUGGCAAAGAAAGGCAUGGAUCGGAUAAAAAAGGUGUAUGUUUGGGACAUGGAUGAGACCCUUAUAUUGCUCAAGUCUUUGCUGAACGGGACUUAUGCACAGGCUUUCAAUGGCUUAAAGGAUGUGCAGAAGGGAAUAGAAAUUGGUAAGAUGUGGGAGAAGCACAUUCUUCAAAUCUGUGAUGAUUUAUUCUUCUAUGAACAAAUAGAGAACUACAAUAAGCCUUUUCUUGAUGCCAUGAGUCAAUAUGAUGAUGGGCUUGAUCUUUCUAAUUAUGAUUUCAACCAAGAUGGAUUUAGUCCUCCUUCUGAUGAUGUAAACAAAAAAAAGCUAGCGUAUAGACACCGAGCCAUAGCCAACAAGUACAAACAGGGUUUGCAUAAUAUUCUUGAUCAGGAGAUGAUCAAUCUAUGGGAGGAAUUAUAUAAUUUGACUGAUGAAUAUACAGAUAGAUGGCUCUCUUCAGCGCGGGCUUUCUUGGAACAGUGUUCUGGCUGGAAGGAAGACCCUCCUCGUUGUCUUGCCUCUACUGAUGGGAUCAUCAAUCACACCGAUGCCAAGUUUGAGCCCAUUAAUGUUUUAGUGACUUCUGGAUCAUUGAUACCCAGCCUCGUAAAAUGUUUACUUUUUCGACUUGACAAUUCAAUAACAUAUGAAAAUGUCUACAGCUCAUGGGAAGUGGGAAAACCUCAAUGUUUUCAGUGGAUCAAGGAACGAUUUAAUGGUCCACAUGUCCAUUUUUGUGUAAUUGGGGAUGGAUGGGAAGAGUGUGAAGGUGCACAGGCCAUGCAAUGGCCAUUUGUCAAGAUUGGUAUGCACUCAGGUGGGGAUCAUCGUUUUCCAGGCCUUACGUUGAGAACUCUUGGUUACUACUUUGCUGUUGUGUACGGGGAUCCUGAUGCUGAAAAUAAUGAAGAUGAAUCAUGACGUCAUUUGCAAAAUGUUAUCUGUCCUGUCCUGUUCUGGAUAUUUUUUUGUGAAGUCGCAGAGGAUUUCAAUGUGGAAUUCAUGGACAUUUAACCAUAUAGACAUUGAAUGUCCAUAAGCGUGUCUAGGGAAAACUUUUUUGGCAUUCCAUGUCCUUGGUUUUUAUGGUUAGAAAACACCCGAUUAGAAUGAUUCUCCAAUGAUAAAUUCUCCUAGACGGCCUCGUCUUGUAUAGAUCGCAUUGUAUUGUGACGGCUGUUUUAUAUAAAUCUUGCAUGUGGUUGCAAAUAUUUUAACAGAA